CGCGCUGCGCCCGGGGACCCCCGCCGGCCGCCCGCCGCGCCCCCGCCGCACCAUGAAGCGGCAAAACGUGCGGACCUUGGCCCUCAUCAUCUGCACCUUCACCUACCUGCUGGUGGGCGCCGCCGUCUUCGACGCGCUGGAGUCGGAGGAGGAGACCUCGGAGCGGCGGCGGCUGGAGGAGAAGCGGCUGGAGCUGAAGAGCAAAUACAACCUGAGCAGCGCCAGCUACAAGGAGCUGGAGUGGGUGGUGCUCAAGCUGAAGCCCCACAAGGCCGGCGUGCAGUGGAAAUUCGCCGGCUCCUUCUACUUCGCCAUCACCGUCAUCACCACCAUCGGGUACGGCCAUGCGGCCCCAAGCACAGAUGGCGGGAAAGUCUUCUGCAUGUUCUACGCCCUGCUGGGGAUCCCACUCACGCUCGUCAUGUUCCAGAGCCUGGGGGAGAGGAUCAACACCUUUGUCAAAUACCUUCUGCACCGCAUCAAGAAGUGCCUUGGCAUGAGACGGACAGAGGUGUCCAUGGCCAACAUGGUCACUAUUGGGUUCUUCUCCUGCAUCAGCACCCUGUGCAUUGGGGCCGCGGCGUUUUCCUACUACGAGCACUGGAGCUUCUUCCACGCCUACUACUACUGUUUCAUUACCCUCACCACCAUCGGCUUUGGGGACUACGUGGCACUCCAGAAGGAUGAGGCACUGCAGACCAAACCCCAGUACGUGGCCUUCAGCUUCGUCUACAUCCUGACAGGGCUGACCGUCAUUGGGGCCUUCCUCAACCUGGUGGUGCUGCGGUUCAUGACCAUGAAUGCCGAGGAUGAGAAGCGGGAUGCCGAGCACCGAGCGCUGCUCACCCACAACGGACAGGCCAGCAGCGUGCACACCACAGACACCACCUCGUCUACCACCGCGGUGGGCGGGUGCGGCGGGGGAGGGGGCGGGGGCGGAUUCCGCAACGUGUACGCGGAGGUGCUCCACUUCCAGUCCAUGUGCUCAUGUCUGUGGUACAAGAGCCGGGAGAAGCUGCAGUACUCCAUCCCUAUGAUCAUCCCCAGGGACCUGUCCACCUCGGACACGUGCGUGGAGCAGAGCCACUCCUCGCCUAGCCGCUACCCCGACACCCCAUCCAACAGAUGCUUCUGCAACGCCCAGCGCUCGGCCAUCAGCUCCGUCUCCACAGGACUCCACAGCCUCUCGGCCUUGCAUGGCUUCAUGAAGCGCCGCAGCUCUGUGUAACUCCCCCCACCAGUGCACACACAACACUGAGGACCCUUCUUUUUUUAAUACAGAGAGGAACCGUAUGGAGACCAGCAAAACCAGACGAAGAAAAACCUUCAGAUUUUAUUCACAUUCAACAGACAAAUACCAAAAGGGACAGCCCGAUAGACUGGGAGUAUGUUGGAUGCACAAAUGUACAUGCAGACGAGUAUGUCUGUGCGUGGGUAUAUGGACAUAUAGAGAGAGAGAGAUACAGGGGUGUAAGCUGGUAAGCUGUCUCUAACGCUCCUUUCAUUGAGAAACUCUUUUGCAUCAUUUUGCAACAACUCCAUGAAAUGUGAAACUUGAAGCGAAUACACGGAUAGCUUUUUCAACAGCCGCCGGAGAGGUGAGCACCUGAACGGCUCUGGUGCAGGCAGAUCCCGUCUCCGUUUGCAUCUCUCUAUUUAUACCUCUCUGGACUGACAGGUGGACUUAGUGUCCUCUUAGCACAUCUCCCUGCCCACACCCUGCCCUAGAUAAAUACAUGGGCUGUGCACCCCGCUGCGCUUCUAACCUCCCCCCACACUGUCCUGGUGAGCCAGACGCGCCGGGACAUCAGACACAUUGGGAUUAGCUUUGCAGCUGCAAUGGAGGUUAAGAGGCGCUUGUAAGAGUGUGGAUGUGCGUGUGUGUUGGUGCGCACUCCCAACUUUGUACCUUCCAUGCAGGUCGGUCAGUUACACACACAAAAGAUUCCCAGCCAAAGACGCAAGCAGAAUUCAAGAUAUGUCCUCGGGGGCCUUGGACAGGGGUCUUCUUCGUGUUUCCAUCUCCUCCUCCCCAGGACCUUUGCUGUGUUUCUCUAAAAGAUGCACUUCCAGUUUCCUAGCAUCGGCCGCCUACCAGCUCCCAAAGUGGCUACAUCGUAAUGUCUGCCGCUUAACAUCACGCCACGGCGUCAGCGCUUGGCUGCAUCGUUGUUACAUGUUGUGACGUCAAUGGCAUUGUGACAUGAUGCCCAAUGUAAUCCUUCUGUAAUCCCAUGGGCUGGUCUCAAAUCCCAUGGGAUGCAGGACUCUGCUGCAACCUGUGGGGAGGUCUGGCAACAUCCGUCUGUGCCAGGGACGAGUCCCUGCUCUUAGGCCAGCUGGAAAGGAUUGUAUGUUUUCUACUGGUGGAUCAAAGCCAGAGGUGAUAUAAACGCUGGUACCAUUGACACAUUGAUAAGGCAGAAUGGGUCGUAACUUACCCGCCAUAGGGGGAGACUUAGCUGAUUCUAUGUCUCCGACUAGAAUGGCUGUUUUUCUCGCUGCCACCCUUCCACCCUAUCCCGGGUAAGUUACAUCAACUUACUCCCACUUCUUGAUGGUUCCCACCUCUGACUUUCGGAUCUAAGAGCAUUAGUAGCCAUGGCCCAUCUGCUCAUUCCUCCUCCAACAUUAGUUCCUGUCCCCUCGACAUCAUUUGCUAACAUCAGUUCAGAAAAAAAAAAAGGGGGAUUCCAGGGCAGCAAAGCAUCCUGGUUAAAAGUCAUGGCUGUAUCACCAAGCAAAUCAGGCUAAGAGGGUCUUAGGCAGAAGCUUUUUCGAUUCCUAUGCACGUGAUCCUGCCACUGUGUCUGAGACAACAAGCUGGGUGUCACGUAGCCAGCGCUCUGAUUCAGGCAGGACUGGGAUGGAAAUCAGAUCUGGGCCAAGAGGGGUCCUUUUUUAACUGUUUCUUAUUCACCAAACUGCAGGUUUGUGGCUUCAUCUAGAUCGCAGCUGAGAUCUGUUGAAAGCUACAACAAAUCCUUGAAGAUGAGGCGAUAGGUACCUCCUCUUGCAUUUGGGUCAGCACCCCCUAAACCAAACCAGUGUAUCCAUCCAUGUCAGGAAAGCUUAGAGGCCCCCUAGCCAGUGCAAGACUAGCCUGGGAAAUAAAAGCAACUGAUCCUUCCUGUUUAUUAUUUAAUAUAAACCUGUUGUGUUCUGAACAAGGGUGUGUCUGCUCCAUCGCUGACAGUGUCUAAGUCUCUUCCAUGGUAAGCAAUAAUGAAAUGGGAGUGGCUGUUGUGAACAAGUUUCUGUAUCUAGCCCUUUACUCAUGAAUGGCCAAGUCUUAGCCACAAAGGGAUGUGAAUUGCACAUUGCUGGGCUGGGGAGAAUUCCCUCCUAAGAUGCUCCGAAGAAGCGGCUGCCGUGGCCUCCCCUUACAUUUGGUUCUGCUCUGAAAAGGGACUGUCCGAAAGCGCUCGCUUUGCCAACUGCAGUGGUGCUUUUCCUAAUGGGAUCCCGGGCGUCUGAGAGGCAAGCUGGGUUCUUUCCUUCCCCCACAUUAUAGGAACUUCAGUCGUUCGGUUCAUGGUGAAAGAACAAACUCCGGGCCCCCCUCCUCUAUAGCUGUAUUAGUUCUGCUGGGCUCAUGGGAAUAAAACAAACAUUAUACAGCAGAUAGGACUCUGGGCUACCCCGGUGGGGCAAAGCGGAUGGGUAAGAAGGGGCUGUUUUUACAGCGCUACGCUCCUUUUCAUGACCACAACUGCACUUCCAUAUGAAAUCUGAGCAAGGGAUCGGCAGGUCAGAUCUGCUGCUACUUUGUGGCUGGCGGGGAAGAGUCAGGACUGGAGUGGAUGGGGCUACCGCAUUGCACAACCGUCACACAGAGGUGCCACGCCCCCUCUUCUCCUCCCAUACCCCCAUCGGGGGAGUACCUCCCCAGUGCCUUUUUCGGUACAUCACCUCUCGAUACGCAACUUGUGUGAGGAAGCGGCUGCUGCUGGGGCAGGCAGGGCUCUGCUAAUUGUUUGUGGGCGCCCAAUGGCAUUGGUGCCUUUCUUCCCCUUUCACCAGAAGAAGAGUUGAUUAUAAAUUCUGAACCGAGAUCAUUUCUUCAGUUCAGUUGCCGAUCUCCUGUUCAGCUUUCGUCCCCGUUGCUCCAUCCGUCGGUGGCAACGUGAGAUGUCUGGGUAGUGGGGACAGCAAUGGACAAACGCAGCACAGGGCAUGGGAGGUGGGAACCAGAGAUGGCUCCCAAACACGACCCCCAGAUCUGAUCCCCCCAGCGGAUGGAAAGCUCCAUCCAAGUGGCAAGGAGUGCGAUGGUGGGGAUGGGCGGGGUGAAGAGGAAGGACUGAUUUGGUUACCGCCCAUCUUCUGUGGCUAAGGGGUUAAUUAAAGAUAACCAGGCAGGUUCGCCCACCCUUCCCUCUCCUUUCUGCACUCUGAUCUCGAGCGCAUCUUCAGCAUAACCCAGGAGAGAUCUUAGCCUCAGGUGCUGCCCCUGCUGGGCUGGGGAGAGCCCAGAGCAUGCUGAGAGGAACCCCGCAGGCGGGGGAAGGGAAUCAGUCCUUACCAGGGACCGAUUCUGGCAUGGGAUCAAAGGCCCCUGGCAGGACGGGAAGCUGUGGGGAUGCCAGGAGCAGCCCACAGCCUCGCCCAGGAUUUACCAGCCUCCUGCACAUCUCAAAGCAAGGUGGGGACUGCGGUGACACCUCGCCCCUCCCCGUGAGCCGAGGGCUUAAAGAGGCAGCAGUAAAGACGGAUGGGCCCAAAAUUUGACCUGCCUUUCCCCCUUCCCCUUAUUUGUUUCUCGCUUGGCACGUUUCUAGCGGCUGAGGAUCUCAAAGAGCGUCCCAGACAUUAAGGGGCUGAGCCUGCCGGCACCACUCCAGGGCGGGGAAGGGUCAUUGGCCCCAUUUGACAGAAGGGAAACACGAGGGGCAGAGCGAGGUUAGGUGGCUUGCCCAGGGCAGCAAGAGAAGUCAAGUAACAAUGUGGAAAAAUAUCCCAGCAGAGCCACCUUCCUUCCGUCCCUGCCUAACCAUGGCCCAGCAUCCGUCCAUGGGCCUUCGGCACACGGAGUGCCCAUGAACAUCUCUGUGUCAGCAGUGACGCUGGCUCAGGGACGGAGGGAAGGUGGCUCCCACUCUCCCAGGCCUGGGGCAGUUGUGGCCCCCAGUGCAGGCUAGGACAGCCCUGAGGGUGUGCCACCCUGUGCCCCUCUCUCAAUGGCUCCUAUCGCUCACAAAGUACUCACGACAUAAGAAUCCCCAGGCCAAACCUCCGCUUGCAUUUGUCCGCCCCCUGCUGACCUGCUCCUAUCCUGGGGCUCCCAUGGAGGUGGUGUAGAGAUGGUGGAACCGGCUCUGCACUGGGCAUGGAGACCACUUGCAUGGGGAAUUCCCUGGGAGGCAGCUUGCCCCAGGCCUCCAGCCCCUGUAUGCCAACCUAGCUGUUGGGCAGGUGUGACUACCGCCUCCAGGGUGCUGAGAACAUGCAGGUCCCAUGGCGCGUUUUGCCAGAUCCGGGGAGUUCCUUCUUCCAGUUCCGUCGCUCAGCUUUUCACUCAUGAAAACUGUGAAAUAGACACGUCAAAUCAGAGAAAGCGUCGGCUCCAGAUAGGCCAUUUUUGAUACGUCGCACAAAUGAGAAACGUUAUUUUCCUCGAUAAAAAAAAAAAAAAGUUCAGCAAUACAAACGAUCAGCCCCCACCCCCCCCCACCCCCGAGAUAGGGAUUGCUCAUGAGAUUCAUUUCAAAAUGCAACCAAAUAAUAUGUCCCCAAAAGUUCCAGGGUGAAAUCCUGACCCUCCUGACAUCAGUGGGCGUUUUGCCGUUGAUUUCAAUGGUGCCAACAUUUUACCCCACAUUGGACCAGUCUUCAUCUCUUCUUCUUUCGACACAGCUGCUUCCACUGAGGUUUCAUCCCAGCGUGUGACUGUUUGUCCCAUGUACUGCAACACAGGAGGCCAAAAGCAAAACAAAUUCCCCAAGUUGUAUGAAGGGGAGAAAGGCAAAGAGAAAUCUGUCUCAGUUCUCUGCCGGGUGCUGCCCCAGUGCAUCACAGAGAUGUCUCUGUCCAGGAUGUGCAUUAAAGAUCUAUCAAGCCACGCUUCAGUGCACUUGCUAAACCAAAAUUGACAACAAGGAGUCAAGUCCUAGCAACCCUACAUCUGCAAACAAGUGUGCACAGCCCAGCACUCCCGUGCAACGCCAGUCUAAAUGAGCAUGCACGGCCCAGUGUUCAGGAGCAGCCCUGCAAUAACAAUCCCGAUGGAGGGAAACAAUCCUGCAAGGAAACAGGCUUCUGUUUCGUAUUCCCUGUGCUGAUGCAUUAUCCAUGCAUCUUGCUGCAGAGAAAAGGCCGGGGGAGAUACCAAGUCCACAGCUGGGCCAGAAGUGCCCAGAGUUGAGGGUGGAUUUAGACCUGAGGGGUGGUUCAGCCCAUUCUAAACUUAGAGUUCAAGCACAAAGGUCAGACCCAGCUCUCAGGGCCGUUAGGAUCCCGGGUUUUGGUCCAGACCAUUAAGCAAUGGGGGUGGCCUUUCAGGGUAUGUCUAUACUGCAAUGUAAGCCCAGGCUGGAGCCCCGGCUCCAGGCUAAGCCCCUUUGGGUCUACACUGCAACUGUGCUAACCCAGGGCUCAGACCCAGGGUCCCAGGACUCUGCAGGGCUGGAGGGUCGGAGCUCAAGUCAAGCCAGGACCCAGAGUCCGAACCCUUUUGCUUUGCCCAGCGAGCUGAUGGCUGCACUGCUGGGCGCGCUCUUCCAACACAGACAGGGCUUCCACAUGCCCUCCGGAGCUGGAGCACCCACGGGAAAAAAUGGUGGGUGCUGAGCACCCACCGGCAGCCCUCUCCCCAUAGUGCCUCCUGCCCGCCGUGGGCCCCGCCGAUCAGCACCUCCCCCUCCCUCCCUGUGCUACCGCCUGCCACGGAUCAGCUGUUUCGCGGCGUCUGGAGGCUCUGGGGGGGAGGAGGGGAGGAGCAAGGGCACAGUG